GCAGCACUCGUGUUAAAAGCCUAGGGUACAUUUGGCUGAUAGGUACAGUAAACAUGUACUAUCAAACACAAAGACAACGCGUACAGGCUAACCCUAUCCUGUUAUAUUAAUGACCUAACAGCAUCAUAACAGAAAACUCUAGGCUAUUUUCAUGAUGUUGAGUAACACGAUGACAAAUAGGUCAACGAAUUUGACUUGGAUUUAAAAUGAACUGCCUUAUAAAUGUGUCAUAUUAAUCUGUUUACUUUGAGUAAUCAAAUGUGAUAAUUGCACCACGCCCACUGUGUAAAAUCGAAUUCAGAAUGUUUUGCCGAGUCAUUCCUAUGACGUCAUGUUCUGUAGUUGGCCACGGCAUGUAUUCAUUAUGAAGGUUAUUCUCCGAUCAACCAACCGGUUUGUUUGUUUUUGGUUUUUUUUAAAAAACAAACUAUUUUUAAAAAUACCUAAAUCUCGGAUGCAACACGAUAGAACUCGUUACAUUUUAUUUAUUAAAACAGUACAGCGGCAUUAAAGAACAAUAGCAUGGUUUUAAACACAAUUUUAAGUAUAUGUGUCCUCUAAGUUUAUUUAUUUAUUUAUUUAUUUAUGUAUUUAUCAAUUGCCUUUUAUAAUGAAACAGCUUUUUUUUUAAAUCUGGAUUUUACUGCAACCGCUCUGCCUGCUGCAGCUUUCCUUUUCAGAUUUGAGAUUGCAGAUAUUAUCGUCAUCCUUUCUGCUCUGGCGGGAAGUUUGAAUCAGUACUGUUUAAUUAAGUUUAAGCGCACUUUUUCAGCCCUGCCUGCCCCGCCCAUCGUUUGGCUGUCCAUUUAUGGGAGUCAGCGAUUACAUUACACUAAACUGAAUGUAAUUCACAGCACCUUCAAUAAGAAGUAUCCGCACGAACAGCAGUUUCUCCGCGUCCUGCCUCUCUCUUCGUACAGUGAGACCCGCCGCUGAACCGGGAUGAAGAAAACGCUGAAGGACCACCUUGUGGACACCCUGGACGACCUAGUCGAAGAGCAGUUCACCAGGUUCAAGGACAAGCUGGGAGAAACACGGUUCCAGGGGCGCAAGAUCGCCAAGGGGAAGCUUCAGAAAGCGAAAAGCCUGGAAGUGGCGAGUUUGUUAAUCAGCACCUACAGCCAAACGCACGCAGCUAAGAACGCCGUAUCGAUAUUGAGAGCCAUAAAUGAGGCAGACCUAGCCGAAGAGUUGAAAAAAAAAACUCGAGCCGCGCGGCCACCAAAGAAAGUGACAAAAAAGGAGAAAACACAGAGAUCUUCUCCGAUGACUGUGAAGAAUCAACGUAAAAAACCUGCUGGAACAUCAAACAAACUACCACCGAAAAAACUAAAGGUUAUGAAAAUAAGCCAACCAAUAACCUACACAAAUAAGAAAAAGGAAACUAAAGAGGUGGUGAUUAUAACAUUUGCUGACCCAAAGGAUAUAACCCAAGCGAAACUUUAUGAUAUGGCCAAAAUAAAAAAGUUCAAGGAAGGAAAAUUCAUAGAUCUCCAAAACUACAUCAUUGAUAAAGUCGAUAAAAGACUGGUCAUCACUAAACUAACAAAGGUUUCACCAGACGCAGGUUUUGAAAUCAGCGACAAAGUUCUCAAAAAGAUGCUACCAGUUCCACUAAAUAAAGCGAACAGUAGACGAAUCAAAACACCCAUAACCAUACAGGGCAAGGUAACAGAAGUAAAUGAAAAACUGGUGAAUGGAAACGAAGUAACUAUCACAGAUUCGACAGCUGAAACCAAGCUUACACUGUGGGGAGAUCUAACACGCACACGAAUCAAACAAGGAGACUGGAUUGAAGCAACGAACGUUACAUUAAACACUUAUGAUCAGUCUUACAACACAUCAUGGGCAACAACCAUUGAGGUAAAAGAAGUCCUGGAAGUCACAAUCAAAGCUUUUGACAAACGUGGCACUAAAUACAUCCUGAAAACAGAAAAACAGAGCUACACGAUCCAAAGCACCCAGCUGAAAUCCUUCCUGGGUUGUGGAAGAGUUACAGAGAUAUUAGAAAAUCUGGAACGAAAACUACCGCUGAAAUGCUGUGUCGUUUUAAUAAAGGGGACUGAUACUGUACAAAUAAUUGUUGAAUAAAAAAAAAACAAAGCAAAUGGCUCACCCAGUAAAGACACGGAGGUGCAGGGGAGUCAUGCACACAGGAGCUUGCGGGUUUGAAGCCUAGGCCAGGGGAGCGCCAUCUGGUGGUGAAUCAGUGUAGUGGAACAUACAAUGCAGGGGCGCUGCUUGCUUUGUUUUUUUUUUUUUUUUUACUUUGGGAGUUUAUGUGAUGGGGAGGGGUUGGUAUUUGUGGUGUAGGGGAAAUAAUGUAUGUGGGUGUAUCAUUAUGAUUAUUAUUAUUAUUAUUAAAAGUAUGAUAUCAUUA